AUGGCGACUCCGACUGAUCCUCGGCCUCUCAAUUCCCAUUUUGUGAUGGAGAAAUCCUCUCCUCCGCCUAUGGAUGAAAAUUUCAUCAGAACCUGUUAUAUGAUGAAGAAUAAGGAGGAGUUCUUCAAGCAGAGACCCAAGAAGGAGUCUAUUAGUGCUGCUCUACGAAGUUUUGGAAACAGCUGGAAAUCUCUGUCUGAUGCCGAUAAGGCUCCUUACAUUGAAGAGGCUAGCAAGCACAACGUUCUCAUGGACGCAUACAACAAGUGGAAAUCCAUGUCACGCACUGAGAAAGCUCCUUUCCUUGCCAAGGCCAAGGCUCCUCACAGUGCAAAGCUUGCUAUGCAUAAGAGGAUGAUGAAAGAUAAGAAUUGGGACGAGGACAAAGAAUUCGACUCGUUUGGAUUCUUCAUUUUCUGGGAGGAAUCUGAGAAGGCACAUUUUUGCCUUUUCUGUGAGUGGUUCAUUGAAGAAUAUAAGAAGAACCACCCGGAGGACCAGCGUUUGUGUAAUGUCAAUGUUAAGGACGAGGAAUGGUGGACUUCAGUUCCCGAAGAAGUUCUACAGAAGGCGAUGGAGGCUUGGAAUGACAUGUCUGAUUCUGACAAAGCUCCCUACGCUCUCCUUGCUGAGCAAAGGCGCAAUGAAGCUCUGCAUGCAUACUAUGCAUUGACCAUCUUUAGAAACGAAUACAAGAACAAGAAGAUCAACUUGGAAGACGGAUCCGACAACAAGGCAUGGGAAACCAUGAGCGCUGAGCAGAAGUCACCAUACUUUGCUAUGGCAAAGACCGUCCUAGACAGUGUGAAGAAAUGA